AUGCUGUAUACUCUUCGCUGCUUUGCGCUACUAGCGCCCUUUUGGCUGGUCUCACUUGUCCAAGCUAAGAAUUACUUUAACCAGUCAGCUGGCUACGUGAUUGAAAUCGCUACGGACGAUUGGAGCAAUUACGAGUCUAAUGGUGGCUGUGUCACAUGUCCUUACACGUGUAUCGCGCCAACUGAGAGUUACGAUGGCACGAGGAUCAAUGCGAGUAACAUGACAAUGACAGCAUCACUGCCUGCUAUUUACACGCAGGUUCGAAGCAAUGGUUGCUGUUAUUCUUCGACUUCCACUGUUCAGCCCUCAUGCUCAACAGAGGCAUCACCUGCUAGUGCUGAGAAUUGUGGAUUUUUGUUUGGCCCUACGCUUGAAUGGCGCAUUAACAAUGCGCUCAGGCCACUGACUGAUUCGAUGACGGCCAUCCUCUUUGCUUCGACUGAUUGUGAAACGUUCUGGGCGGUUGGAAAACAAGAUAUUCGCUAUACCAGUAACACAAGAAGCAUUAAGGGGUCCAAGAUGAUACAACACGGUUGCUACGGUGAUCCUCGAGGCACACCAAUGGUUCUAAGCGGGUGUCUGACGAGUCAAUUAGCCUUCUCUAAGACAAAGUCAUACACGUGGAAGAAUCUGGCAGAAAAGUGCGAGGGUCUUGCUGGUCGAUGCGUCAUUACGAACGCUGUUUGGGAACAACACCUCGAAUGCUGCACAUCGCGUACGGGCUUGGCUUCAGACUGGGACACGACAUAUGAAACGUAUACAAAGACCCCUACAAAGACGACCAAACUAAGUGGUCCAGCUAUCACGGCCAUUGUCAUUGGUGGUGUUGCUCUUCUUAUGUGCCUCAUUCAUUUUGGUGCUAAGGUGCGUGAACGUGCUCGACAGACGGCACUCAUGCGUGAACAGGAGGCUACGGAUGAUUACGAGGAAAUUAUGACGCCUCUUACUGCUGGCGAUAAACAGCCUGUGGCAUUGCAACGCCCUAUCGGUCCCGCAAGUCUUGACGUGUCAUUGCAUGAAGGCGAUCAGAUUUACCGAAAGAAAGAGGAUGAACUACUUUUUGAAGGCGACAUGUAUUAG